AUGAACAUCUUCAGGAGUCUCCUCGGAAAGGUUUGGCAUGAUCCCAAUGCCGCUGAGGUUGUCAAGAUCUCGGAGGGUCAGCUCUAUCUCGUCCGUUCAGGGACCAUACGAGGUGCCAGAGAGUGCAUUUACAAUGACGCCAUGGCUACUAUUCGCCGUGUGCCGUCUCUCGAGCACAAUUUCCAGCUUGUAAUCACCCGCGUCUUUGAAGAUGGAGAUCAAGAACUGCUGGAGGAUGAGGAAGAGACCGAUGAGGAGCGGGUGUUUCUGAUCAGUGAAGAGCUGGGCUUCCGAACUGGAGUCACAGAAGACGGCCCUACUUUCAUGUGGCGUGAUUUGGAUGGAGAUGUUGACGAGUUUUACGAGUUUGUGGCGUCUGGGACGAAUGAACCGACUCGUGCCUUCUUUGAAACUUGCAUGUAUCGUGCCAUGUACGAGCGCAAGUACAAGAUCAAUGCCGACGACAUCGGGGAUGUUCAGUUGCAGGAAUUCAUAUCGCAAACUUCGACAACGAGAGAUUCCAAGGCGUCUUCCAAGACGCAUGUUUCUUCGUCGUCUAAGCGUAAAGAAGCCUCUGAAGCCGCGCACGAUCCACACUUCCCAGCUUCCGCUAGCACGGGGGCAGCAGCGAUCACGAAAAGUGGCAAGGCGAAAAAUUGGAAGAAUGUCGCAGCGGAUCCUGCUCUACCAGCCCUCGUUGCAGAAGAGGCUGAACUACACUUGUGGAAUCGUGAGCGAGGCUUCUUUGUCAUUCAAGCGGAGGUCGUCGCGAGAGUCGUCCGAAAUGCUGCCUCCGGACCGUUUGACUAUUGGUUGAAUGCAUUCGGCGAGGAUGGACAACUCCUUGCACACAAGAUCACAUCUGAUAUGAACCAGCGAUGGUCGUCUAAAGUCUUGUCGUUGACAUGGAAUCACACAAGCGAUACCGGACUGCAGAGUAGCUGGUGCCUCCGAUUUGAGACUCAGAAAGCUUUCAGCAACUUUCAACGAAUUUUCACUCAAGCGUUGUGGGAGGGGUUGAAUCAGUACUCAUGGGAGAAAGCCAAGCUCGACGAACAAGCCUAUGUUAUGAGCUCGAAUACGGAGGAUGUGGAAAUGCGAGACGUCGAGGACGAGGAGGACGAAGAAGAUGCGGUGGAAGACGAGCUAGACAAGAGUGAAGACGAGGAGGAACCCGAAGAGUAUGCUGACGCAGAAGAAGAAGAACUACCUGCGCUGGGUAAUGGCGAACGCAACUCACAACUUACGGUCGGCUAUAAAGGCGAUCGGUCGUAUGUCGUUCGAGGAAACAGCAUUGGUGUCUUCGGCUACACGGGCGAUAACCAGGUCAAAUACCAUGCCACUCUCAGCAAGCUCGCGACACCAAAGGGCAAGACCUUCAAACCUAAACACGUCAUGCUGCAUGAUCAGGACUCCAAGAUGAUCCUGAUUAACCCGUCAGAACCCAACUCCCUCUUCAGCAUGGAUAUUGAACGGGGAAAGAUUGUCGAGGAGUGGAAGGUUCAUGAUGCAGUGCAAGUGGAUCAUAUCGCACCGGACAGCAAAUUCGCGCAGAUGACCCCGGAGCAGACUAUUGUCGGCGUGUCGCACAACGCACUCUUCCGCAUUGAUCCGCGCAUGUCAGGCAACAAGAUGGUCGACAGCCAAUUCAAGCAGUAUGUCAGUAAGAACCAGUUCUCCGGUGUUACGACCACGGAAUCCGGGAAACUGGCGGUGGCGAGCCAGAAGGGUGACAUCCGGUUGUUCGACGCCAUUGGCAAGAACGCGAAGACGGCGCUACCUCCACUUGGUGACCCCAUCCUGGGCAUUGAUGUGACGGCAAAUGGACGCUGGAUAGUGGCAACUACGAAGACGUACUUGUUGCUUAUUGAUACUCUCAUUGGAGAGGGAAGAUAUACCGGUAGCUUGGGCUUCGACCGCAGCUUCCCCGCGAAUGCCAAACCGAUACCUCGCAGGCUGCAGCUGCGCGCAGAGCAUGUUGCCUACAUGGAGAAUAGUGUGUCGUUCACUCCUGCUAGGUUCAACAUGGGCGAAGGGCAGGAAGAGAACGCCAUUGUGACCUCAACAGGGCCGUAUGUUGUCGCCUGGGACUUCGCCAAAGUCAAGAAGGGUCUGCUGGACAAGUACGAAAUCAAGAAAUACGAAGACUUCGUCGUGCAAGACAACUUCAAAUUUGGGGAUGACAAGGAGAUUAUCGUUGCGCUUCAGAACAAUGUUCUCGCGGUCAACAAGAAGAGUUUGAAGAGGCCAACGAGAGCAUCCCUUGCCACGCCAAUGAAGAGCUUGCAAGGCCGGUCCAACAUCGUGAAUACGCCAUACUGA